AUGGCUGCUGCAAAAGAAAAAUCGGAUGUUUUGGUGAACAAUGAAAUACAUAACUGUGCCGAGUUGAUUUGCAGUAUUUGCAGACAAUUAUAUAAAUCUGGAUGGGUUACUGGAACAGGAGGAGGGAUUACUAUCCGUACAGGCGAUCAUAUUGUAAUUGCACCUUCUGGUGUCCAAAAGGAAAAACUUGAAGUAAAAGACAUGUUUGUGAUGUCUUUGACAACACGGGAUUAUUUGCAUACUCCUAAACAGAACAGCAAACCGUCUCAGUGCACGCCUUUAUUCCUUUCUGUUUACACUUCUCGAGAUGCUUAUGCAUGCAUUCAUACUCAUUCUCAAGAAGCGGUCCUGCUCUCUAAUCUCUUUGCCCAAAAAACGCAUUUCGAAUCUAGCGGCUUUGAUGUUCAAAGAUAUAUACCUAGGGGCUCGAAGAAGAAUGGGUUUUAUAAAUUUGAGGAUACUAUUCGGAUUCCUUUCAUUAACAACACUGCACAUGAAAGUGAUCUUCAAAGCAAUCUUCAAAAGGCGAUUAACGAAAACCCUUACACAUGUGCUGUCAUAGUCCGUAACCAUGGUAUUUAUGCAUGGGGCGACUCCUGGGAAGAUGCCAAAAUGAAUACUGAAGCGGUUGAGUAUCUAUUUCAUGUUUUCCUUCGUGACUAUAGAAUAAAGCACUCUAAAAAUUGUCGGUUUUUUUGA